AUGGCAGUCGAAGAUUUCGAGUUUGGAGAAGACGACAACGGCAUCGCGUACGUCAGCUUCAAGGAAAAUCCUACCAAAACUCGCCAAGGAGGUCUCCACAUCACUAGACGACAACAGCUGCCGAAAAUGUUUGCCACUGGUGAAAAAAGAUGCCCGGUUUCUUUGUUUAAAGAAUAUCUCAUCCGUCUUCCAGAAUCUUUGCGAACAAAUGGGCCAUUUUAUCUCAUGCCAUUGUCGAAAACAAACCCAAACAACGACGUCUGGUUCAAAGUGCAAAAUCUUGGUGUCCAUUCAAUCGAUAAGAUAAUGAAAACGAUGAUAGCUGACACUCCACUGGCAAGUAGUUCCAAAAGGCUGACAAAUCAUUCUGCCAGAAAAACCCUCGUGAAGAAGCUGCGGUCAAACAACGUUGAGCGUUCGUCCAUCAUGAAUGUGACUGGUCACAGAAACGAGCAGUCGCUGAACGACUACGACGAGGGAAACGAGAAUGAGCAGAGGCACAUAUCCAAUCUAAUCGGCAGCUCCAAAUCAGUCAGCUCAUUUAGUAAACAAAAGCCAAUGUCCAUGAAUAUGAUGAACAUUGCCCCACCAAGUGCACAGCAGCCUUCCACUUCAAGCGGUUUUCAACGAGUCGGUUUCUUUCCCCAAAACACGUUUAACCACUGCAAUGUCGUUUUCAAUGUUGGCCAAGGUGAAUCCAGCUUAUCUCCCAAAGUCAAAAAGCGCCGUUACAAGUGA